ACAAUGGCGACCGGGAAACUUGGAAUCGCCAGUCACCCACCAUUACUCCUAUUAACCAACCCUUCUCUUUCCUCUUUAACGGUUCUCCCUCUCCCUACUUCCAUGCCCCCCGCCCUCUUCUCUUUUCACAUUUCAUUUCCGUUUUGGUGGUUCCCUCUUCCUCUUUUUCUUCCUCUUUCUUCAAAUUUUCACUUGAAAAACAAACAGAGGUUAGAAUGGGAUGUGUUUUGUUGCCUGCAAGAUCCAAGAAAUGGAAGGCUCCGAUCUUCCUGCUGCCGGAAUAACUGGUUUCUCUUAUCUGUAGUACGUUAAAUUUCUCUGCCUUGGAGUGAAUUACAUAUAAUACUGGUUUAAUCUUGGAUCCGCUGCUUGGAAGGUCAGGGACAGCUGGUACCGUGCUGUCUGGGUUAAAUAUCUAAAAAAAAUGAGUUGUGAGUUGUUUAUUGGUUCUAGGUAUUGGAGAUUUGGAUUGUAGUAGAAAAAUGGAUUAGGAGUUUAGGAGGAGUGAAGAGGGGGAGAAUGGCUCCAGGCACUGAAGUUUCACCGCAUUCAACACAGGUUACCAGAUUGGAUGGAGAGAUUGAUAAAGGAAGUACUGUCUCCAGCAACAAUAGAGUAGUUCAAGAUGAAAUUGACGAUACGUUGGACAAAUUUGGGCAACUCACCACCGGCAAACCUCCUAGAAAUCUCUCGGUUAUGCGGCAUUGCUCUAGCACUGCCUGGUUGGCUGAACCGGAGUCUGAUCUCGCGAUCAGCCUUAAAUCACCAAAGAUUGAGCAUUCUGGAUUUCAACCUAUAUUUCGUUCGGGAAGUUGUUCUGAGAAAGGGCCCAAACAGUACAUGGAGGAUGAGUAUGUCCUUGUGGAUGAUCUAGACAAGCAUCUUGGUGAAGCUGCACAGUUAUCUUCUCAUGGAGCAUUUUAUGGGGUGUUUGAUGGACAUGGUGGCAUUGAUGCAGCCUCAUUUGCUCAAAAGAACAUCCUCAAGUUUAUUGUCGAAGACUCCCAUUUUCCAGCUGGCACGAAAAAAGCAGUUAAGAAUGCUUUUUUGAAGGCUGAUCAUGCACUUGCAGACGCUACCUCCCUUGAUAAGUCGUCUGGCACUACUGCGUUGACUGCUCUUAUCUUGGGAAGGACCAUGCUGAUUGCUAAUGCUGGGGAUUCUCGAGCUGUAUUGGGCAAGCGGGGGAGAGCAGUGGAGCUGUCUAAAGACCACAAACCCAACUGCACUUCUGAAAGACUUAGAAUUGAGAAACUAGGUGGUGUCAUAUACGAUGGAUACCUGAAUGGCCAAUUAUCGGUGGCAAGGGCUCUUGGAGACUGGCACAUAAAGGGCUCUAAGGACUCAAAUGGCCCUCUGAGCUGUGAGCCAGAGCUAGAAGAGAUAAUUCUGACAGAAGAAGACGAGUUCUUGAUAAUGGGGUGUGAUGGCCUGUGGGAUGUAAUGAGCAGCCAGUGUGCGGUGACAAUGGUGAGGAAGGAGCUGGUUCAGCAUAAUGACCCUGAGCUAUGUUCAAAAGCACUUGUGAAGGAGGCUCUCCAACGCAACACAUGCGAUAAUCUGACAGUAGUAGUGGUGUGCUUCUCGCCGGAUCCACCUCCUCAGAUUGAAAUCCCAAGGUCCUAUAAGAGGAGGAGUAUAUCGGCUGAAGGGCUGGAUCUUCUCAAGGGUGUGUUGAACACCUUCUGAAUGACUAUGUUUUAGGGCUUGUACAGACCAACUUGGAGUUGUAUUAUUUAUUGGUGGGGGAUUUUUCUGAGCUCUUGUUACCCUCUCCAGCUGCGGCUUCACGUUGUUCAUUUGUUUGAAAAGUUUUUAACUAAACAUCCUGUACAUCUGAUAAAGAUUAGCUUUUAUCAACUUCAAUUUUUUGA